AUGUCGCGUCAACGCCGUGCCGCUCAUGGAGCAGAGUCACACUCGGAAUCACGGGGGUCUACUUCUGCCGACUCGGUUCUUGACUCGGCCGCAGCAACUAUGAGCAGGCUAGUCCAUUGGAAUGACUUGCCGCAUUGGCAGCGUGACAAUCAGCAUAUUCACACGGGAUAUCGACCGGCUUCUUCAUCUUUUCAAAAGUCAUUUCACUCUCUGAGCUACCUGCACAAUGAGUCUGUGAACAUCUACACUCAUUUGAUCCCUAGCAUAGCGGCUAUUCCAGCUGGCUACCAGCUGUAUCAAGCCCUUGCUCCUCGUUAUGAAAGUGCAGACGAAGCGGACAUUGUUGCCUUUGCUUGCUUCUUCGCCGGUGCAGCUUUUUGCCUAGGCAUGUCGGCCACCUAUCACACAAUCUCGAACCAUUCUCCGCGAGUUGCGCGUAUUGGCAAUGCCCUUGAUUACAUCGGCAUCGUGGGCCUUAUUGUGGGCAGUUUUAUCCCCAGCAUCUUCUACGGGUUCUACUGCAAUCCCGCUCUCCAACAUCGAUAUUGGACUAUGAUUUGUACCAUCGGUUUCGCUUGCAUGUGCGUCUCGAUUAUCCCUCAGUUCCGCACUCCCCGCUGGCGACCGUUCCGUGCAGCCAUGUUUGUAGGCAUGGGUCUGUCCGCUAUUCUACCCGUCCUCCACGGGCUGGGGCUUUUCGGCUAUGAGCGCAUGCGUCAACAAAUUGGUCUAGAAUGGUUACUACUCCAAGGCUUCCUAUACAUUCUCGGCGCAGGAAUCUAUGCAGCACGCGUGCCGGAACGGCUACGACCGGGUCAAUUCGACCUCUUUGGCCACUCGCAUCAGAUCUUUCAUGUGCUGGUGGUCUGUGCCGCAGUAGCCCAUCUGACCGGCUUACUCAAGGCAUUCGACUAUCGUCAUAGCGGGAUUGCCGAGGCUUGUCAAACCCUUCGCGGCUGA